AUGUUAGUUGUUCUGGAAAAAGAAAAACGGGACACGAAAAUCGAAGGAUUAAAUAAAUAUAUAGAGAAGCUGAAAGAUUUGCUAGGAAAUGACAAAUUAGAUAAUUCAAUAACUAAUGUUUCGUCCAUAAAUGAGAAGAAAACAAAUACAUUGCAAAACGCUGUGUCAAAACAGGAUAAAAACGAUUUAGCGAAACUAACUUUCAAAAGAGAAGACACCCCUUGGCCUAAUAAUGAAAGUUCUCCUUGUGAACCUAGCGAAAAUGAAGAUAAAGAAAGUCCAAAUUUAUGUGUUUCCUUAUUAAAGAUUAAAAAAUAUUUUAAUGCUCAUGAUAAUGCAGUGUUAGGUCUUGCAUACAACAACAAAGUUCAUUUGUUAGCAACCGGAGGAGAUGAUGGAAAAUGGAAGACAUGGAGCGUAACUAAUUAUGAAUUAGUCAUGGCUUCACAAGCUCACAAAAAAUGGAUAGGCGAUAUUUGCUUUAAUAAGGACGGCAAUAUCUUGUGUACUUCUGGUGGAGAUUCAAAAAUAAAAUUGUGGGAUAUGAUUAAGGAAAAAUGCGUUCACACUUUUAAAAAUUCAACGGGACCCGUGUGGAGUUUGUCGUUCCAUUACGAAGGUUUUAAAUUUAUAGAAAAAAAUAUGAACUUGAAACUUUUUUGCGUCCGCAUCCAUGGAUCAGACGAUUAG